GGGAGCGACCUGGGAAGCGGAAUUCGGGGCUUGAACCUCCGUGUCUUGACCAACUGUCCCCUUGCAGACCCUGCCCUCCUCUCAGUCCAAACUCUCAGCCAUAGACAUUGCGGUUCCAGCCCCAGCUGUGCACACGUAUCUCCAGGAAGCCACUAGCUCCCCGAUGUCUUCUGGCAAGUUAUGGCCCAUGGGUGCCUCGUCGGUCCCUCUGGUGAGCCAUGAAGAACUGAAGAAGCUGGAGUUUGUGGGCAAAGGCGGGUUCGGAGUCGUGUUCCGGGCACACCACAGAACAUGGAACCUUGAUGUAGCAGUCAAAAUCGUGAACUCGAAGAAGAUAUCCAGGGAGAUGAAGGCUAUGGUGAAUCUUCGUAAUGAGAACGUUCUGCUCCUGUUGGGGGUCACUGAGUAUCUCGAGUGGGACUACGUGUCCGGGCAAGCUCUGGUGACAAGAUUCAUGGAGAACGGUUCCCUCGCAGGGCUGCUGCAACCUACGUGCCCUCGGCCCUGGCCACUCCUCUGUCGCCUGCUCCAGGAAGUGGUGUUGGGAAUGUGCUACCUACACAGCUUGAACCCUUCCCUCCUGCACCGGGACCUCAAGCCCUCCAACGUUCUGCUGGACUCAGAGCUCCACGCCCAGCUAGCAGAUUUUGGCCUGUCCACAUUUCAGGGAGGGUCACAGUCGGGGUCAGGAUCAGGAUCCAGGGACUCGGGGGGCACUCUAGCUUACUUGGCCCCAGAGCUGUUGGAUGAUGUCAACGUGAAGGCUUCUAAAGCAAGUGAUGUCUACAGCUUUGGAAUCCUCAUGUGGGCAGUGCUGGCUGGAAGAGAUGCUGAGUUGGUAGACAAGACUUCACUGAUCCGUGGAGCCGUGUGUGACAGGCAGAGUCGUCCUCCACUGACAGAGCUGCCUCCAGAGAGCCCUGAGACUCCCGACCUGGAAAAACUGAAGGAGUUAAUGAAGCAUUGCUGGAGUUCUGAGUCCAAAGACAGGCCAUCCUUCCAGGACUGCGAACCACAAACCAAUCACGUUUACAACCUGGUAAAGGACAAGGUAGAUGCUGCUGUCUCUGAGGUAAAGCAGUAUCUGUCUCAGCACAGAAGCAGUGACAGAAAGUUGUCUGCCAGCGAGCCAAGCCAAAGAGACACAGAAACGGACUGCCCAAGAGAAACCAUGAUUUUUGAAAUGCUGGACCACCUGCAUUUGGAGAAGGCCCCCGGAUCAGUUCCUGAAGAAUGCAUAAGCCUUUCUGAGAAGAGAGCAAAGGAAGCAUCAGUUGGGCAUGCCACAGCAGCAAGGACAUCUUCUGACAUGGUGGCUGGUACUCCUCAAAUUCCACAUACUUUACCCUCCAGAGGCACAACACUUAAGCCAGUCUCUACUGAGACUCCAGCCCCUGACCCCCAAAGGAAUCAGGGAGACGGAAGACACGGCACUCACUUGUACCCUGGGGCCCCAGAGACAAAUCCAAUGACAGGGCCACAGACUAAUACCCUCAACCACUGUUCUGGAGUGCAGAUUGGAAACAACAACACCAUGACAAUACAAACAAGAACUGCCUUUCCCAAGAAGGACCCAGCACAGUUCGGCAGGGGUAGGGACUGGUAGCCCUUCCACAAGUAGACUUAAGAGAAUAACUGCAAGAGCCUGAACCUGGAAAUGUACCAUUCGGGCAGUCAGUAUAAUUAGCGCGGGAAUAAAAGCAUGUGCUAAGCAACCUGGACUGGCUAAGACCAUCCUUGCCACUUUCUGCAGCUCACAACAUUCUUUGAGGAAAGACCUGUGCCCAAACUGACCUUUGACCUAUCUCCGAAAAGUCAAUAAACAUAACAUGUCAACUAUGA